GAUGUCAGUGUGAGACUAGACUGCAGCAGUUAGCAGAUCCCCUAGAAGGCCCCUCAAUCUCCAGCUCACCAGAGAAGCUGGACUGUUACCUUAAAAGUACAGGGCAUGGACAAGCCCCUUCUGUGAACUUUAUUUACCCUGCACGCUGUGGAAAAGCACGAAACUGCCUUCUAGAUGGGGUCGGGCAGCAAGCCUCUGUGGCUGAUCUGGUUCGCAGCUGAAGCAUCUUUAGCAAUUUUACUUGGGGAGGUGGACGAACAAAUAGUGAUACCUUGCUAUGCUCUGGCGCCUAACUCAACAAGAACCGUGUGGGUUAAAGACACCCUCACACAACCACUACUUACCUGUAAUAGUGACAGUUCAUCAGAAGGACGGUUUAAGAGAAUAAACGGGACUUCCCUUGAAAUAUCAAAUCUACAGAUCCAGGAUGAAGGAAACUACACGUGUAUUGAAUGUUUGCACGAUACAGAUGAAAAACAUCACACAAAGCUACGUAUAUCAAGUGGCCCACACAAUUUGUCUGCCAACAUAUAUCCAACACAGACAUUACCAAAUGGCACUCUUUAUACUUCCCACGGUUCUGACUUGAUUUUCAACUGCUCUUGUCAAUCCCACCCUGAACCAAUAAUGGAUUGGACUUUUAGCACAUAUUUUGGGAAUCCUGAAUUGUUCCAUGAAGGAGAUGGAUUCCUUCUGAACUUCACUUUGCUCCAGGUGGCUUCUAAUUACAUGGGUAACUUCUCCUGCUCAGCAAAAAACUCACUUAGUGGAAGGAAAGAGUCUACCACUUUGGAACUUCUGGUUUAUCAUCCACCUGCUUAUCCUAUGGCAUGCUAUGCAAAUAACUCAGAUGAUCUAUCUCAGUUACUGCUUCAUUGCUAUUGGCCAGGAGGUUACCCAUUUCCAUCACUGCAGUGGAAACAAGAUGAUGAAGCCUUAUCCAACCUGACUUCUGCUAGCAAUGACUCAGACAGCUUGGUGAUAUCGUUAAAUUCUUCCCAGCUGGUUGUCGGUCAAAAGUUUCAAUGCUAUGGGAGGCAUCUGAUUAAAGAAGAACGCAUUUGUCAUGUUAAAAUAGACCUUCCUGACUUGAAAUCACAGCCCAUUCGGACCUGUUUGGUGGGAGCGAAUGUAACCCUGUCCUGUACUGUGUCAGGUGCCAAUCCCAGUGCAGCAAUUACAUGGCUGCGUAAUUUAAGUAACCCAGAGGUGGAAAUCCAACCAGGGAAAAAAUAUUCCAUCUACCAGAGCGGCUUAACCUCCUACCUCACUAUCAACAACUGCACUGAUGAUGAUGAUGGAUACUAUGUCUGCAAAGCAGCGAAUGUCCUAGGAAUAAAAGAGAUCAACAUAUGGCUGACAGUCAGUAAGCCGCACAAUAUUGUUGGACUGAUGGCAACAGUCCUUAUCCUCUUUCUGUUGGCAGUGGCCAUAAUCACAGGCACCAUUUUCUACUGUGAUCCUCAAGUCUAUCUGAAAGCACAUUUUUUACGGUCACGAGGUACUGAAGUCAUGGUCUUGGUUGAUGAGGAGGAAGAGGAAGAGAUGGAAGAAGUCAUACAAUCUACUGAGAGUACCAGUCCAAUUGGCACAGCCAUCUCUGAUCAUUACGUAGUGAAUGGGAACAUAAGCAAACAUCAAGUCUUGUUCCAUCAACCUCCUGAUAACAUCAAUCCUGCACUCAUUACUGAAGUCUCAGAAGACAAAGAAGAUUUGUGAUGACUAUUGAUAUUUAACUUCACCUGUUCUUCUCCUCUUUGUGCCAGGGGACAGUUAGCACAAUUCCAUUGCUGGUUCCUUGUCUGAAGGUUUACUCCUCUGGGGCUGGUGUUGUUUCAUUGUAGAAACACUGAUGCUUUAGCAACAUUUUUAUUAGUUCUAAUCCCCCUUUAAUUGCUUUGUGCUUUUGUUCCUGUCAUUGCUAAGGUUUGCUCUUUAUUUCCUCCUAAGGAGGACUUUUUCCCUGUGAUCUAAAGGGCUGCAUCUCGGAAUGUUAUUGAAUGUGUGGACUUGGUGCUCCGUUAUGUGCACUUAUAAUGGGACAAAUAAACCCAAUU